AUGGAGACCUCUAAUCUGCCGCAGGAUAACGUGGUCCAGCACCGCAAGUCCGACGAAUUAAGUGGUCAAAUUGACUCAGACUCGGAAUUGAGCGACGACGGACACGCGACUACGGACCGAGGACGUUCUGGACCUGAUUCGACGGGUUCAUGGCGACGAUUUCCAGUGGACAAAGAGACGUGGGGGACGACCACGCGGAGCUUUGGCAGAGCUCCGAGUCGUGACUUUGCCUCGACGCACACGGGACCAAAGGGGGUCCUGUCUGAUUACAAGGCGAAGAAGCAGUACGAGACGGAGGCGAAGCGCUGCUGGAGCAAGGAGCAAGAGCGGACAAAGGGGCUCCAUCGCGUUAUUGAAGGCGCUACCGUCACUUCGAUCGAGGACUUCACAGCACAUUCGGAGGACGAGUGCGACGACAGUGGCUUGGAGGAGGACGCGUUCUUGGUCCAGUAUACGCAGCUGCGUGUCAAGGAAAUGCGAGACGCAGCACGUCGUUGCGACGUUCAUGGAGCCCUGGAGUAUAUCACACCAGAGCAGUUUCUGACGCUCACUUCCGACACGAUGAAGCCUCCUGGCAGCAGGUCCAUGCUCGUGCACCUCUACGAUUCCGACAACGAUGCCUGUUGUCUGCUGAAUACGCAGCUGGAGGUAUUGGCACGGAAGCUCGUCCAUGUCAAGUUUGCAGCAAUGAUGGCCAAAGAAGCGGACGCGUCAAUUGCAAUGGCCGAUCUGCCAGUGAUGCUGGUCUUUUGCAACCAGCAGCAACAGGAAGCGAUUGUGGAUGUGACACGUCGUCUUAGUGGCGAGUUCACGCUUGAGCGGGUAGAAGCUUUUGUCAACGAGAUGCUUGAACUGUAG